GACACGGCCCCUCCUGCGUCCUGGCGUUGUUUUCCUCCUCAGGAUGAUGUGGGGUGCGUAAAGAGGCGCCAGCGUCCGCACCGGGCUGAGGAGGCGGCUAAUGAGCAGUCCAGACAGACGGAGCCCGUCCAGAGCAGAUCCACGCAGCGGCUCACAGCAGGGACGACUAUGAGGACAGGCGGCAGACUCAGGAGCAUCCACCUGCUCAGCGCUGAGUGAAGAGGCAGGAUGGCGGGGGGUCGGAGGGGACUUGUGGCCCCUCAAAAUACUUUUUUGGAGAAUAUUGUGAGACGGUCGAACGUUUGGACACUGUCCCAUAGACAGACAGACACCAACUUUGUCCUAGGAAACGCUCAGAUCGUGGACUGGCCCAUCGUGUACAGCAACGAUGGCUUCUGCAAGCUGUCGGGCUACCACCGGGCAGAGGUGAUGCAGAAGAGCAGCACGUGCAGCUUCAUGUACGGGGAGCUCACAGACAAGGACACCACGGAGAAGGUGCGACUAACGUUCGAGAAUUAUGAGAUGAACUCGUUUGAGAUACUGAUGUACAAGAAAAACCGCACUCCCGUUUGGUUUUUUGUGAAGAUCGCUCCUAUACGAAACGAACAGGAGAAAGUGGUUCUGUUCCUCUGCACGUUCAGCGACAUCACGGCCUUUAAACAGCCCAUCGAAGACGAUUCGUCCAAAGGCUGGGGGAAGUUCGCCCGACUGACCCGAGCGCUGACGAGCAGCAGGGGGGUCCUGCAGCAGCUGCAGCCCACGGUCCACAAAGGGGAGAACGUCCACAAGCACUCGCGCCUGGCUGAGGUGCUGCAGCUCGGCUCCGAUAUCUUACCUCAGUACAAACAGGAGACCCCCAAAACCCCCCCGCACAUCAUCCUGCACUACUGCCUCUUCAAGACCACGUGGGACUGGGUCAUCCUCAUCCUCACCUUCUACACGGCCAUCAUGGUGCCCUACAACGUGUCCUUCAAGACCAAGCAGAACAACGUGACGUGGCUGGUGGUCGACAGCAUCGUGGACGUCAUCUUCCUGGUGGACAUCGUGCUCAACUUCCACACCACCUUCGUGGGGCCGGCCGGCGAGGUCAUCUCGGACCCCAAGCUGAUCCGGAUGAACUACCUGAAGACGUGGUUCGUCAUCGACCUGCUGUCCUGCCUGCCCUACGACGUCAUCAACGCCUUUGAGAACGUCGACGAGGAUUGGAACCACCGAGCUGUCACUCAAGGCAUCAGCAGCCUGUUCAGCUCCCUGAAGGUGGUCCGGCUCCUCCGUCUGGGCCGGGUUGCCCGUAAGCUGGAUCACUACAUUGAGUAUGGGGCGGCGGUGCUGGUGCUGCUGGUGUGCGUCUUCGGACUGGCCGCUCACUGGCUGGCGUGCAUCUGGUACAGCAUCGGCGACUACGAGGUCAUCGAUGAGGACAGCAACUCCCCGCGCAUGGACAGCUGGCUCUACAUCCUGGCCGAGACCAUGGGGAAGCCGUACCGCUUCAACGCCAGCGGCUCGGGGAAGUGGGAGGGCGGCCCGAGCAAGGACUCGGUCUACAUCACGUCUCUGUACUUCACCAUGACCAGCCUCACCAGCAUCGGCUUCGGGAACAUCGCCCCGACGACGGACGGAGAGAAGAUCUUCGCGGUGGCCAUGAUGAUGAUUGGAUCUCUUCUGUACGCCACCAUCUUUGGUAACGUCACAACGAUCUUCCAGCAGAUGUACGCCAACACCAACCGCUACCACGAGAUGAUUAACAGCGUUCGGGACUUCCUCAAGCUCUACCAGGUGCCCAAGGGCCUGAGUGAGAGGGUUAUGGACUACAUUGCCUCCACCUGGUCCAUGUCACGGGGUAUCGACACGGAAAAGGUGCUGCAGAUCUGUCCCAAGGACAUGAGGGCGGACAUCUGCGUUCACCUCAACCGCAAGGUCUUCAAGGAGCACCCGGCCUUCCGUCUGGCCAGCGACGGCUGCCUGCGAGCGCUGGCCAUGGAGUUCCAGACCAUCCACUGCGCCCCCGGCGACCUCAUCUACCACGCGGGGGAGAGCGUGGACAGCCUGUGCUUCGUGGUGUCGGGGUCGCUGGAGGUCAUCCAGGACGACGAGGUGGUGGCCAUCUUGGGUAAAGGAGACGUGUUCGGGGACGUUUUCUGGAAGGAGGUGACGCUGGCUCAGGCCUGCGCCAACGUGCGAGCGCUGACCUACUGCGACCUGCACGUCAUCAAACGCGACGCCCUGCAGAAGGUGCUCGAGUUCUACACGGCCUUUUCCAACCACUUCUCACGGAAUCUGCUGCUCACCUACAAUCUGCGAAAGAGGAUCGUCUUCAGAAAGAUCAGUGACGUGAAACGGGAGGAAGAGGAGCGGCAGAGGCGUAAGAACGAAGCCCCUCUGAACCUGCCUCCAGACCACCCCGUCCGCAAGCUCUUCCAGCGCUUCCGCCAGCAGAAGGAAGCUCGCAUGGCGACCGGCAAAACGGACCUGGACGAGCACGACGUCGAGAAAGGCCCCGCGUACGUGGACGUCCCGGUGGCCACGGCGGCCAUCAAGACCACCAGCAUCGUCACGGUGACCGAGAGCCCGGCCACGCCCUCGUCCUCCGCGCCUCCGGCCUCCUCGCCCCCCGCCUGCGCCGCGUCGGACAAGGCCAAGCUGCAGGUGCCGUCGGCCAUGUCGCUGAUAGCGUGCCGCGCCGCCGAGCCGGUCAAAGUCAAAGGCUGGGGCCGCUUCAAGGAGUCCAUGACCAAGUCCGACAACUGGAACAAAGUGUCCAAGGCCGAAUCCAUGGAGACUUUACCCGAGCGCGCCAAAGCGCUGGACUCACAGAUGUCUCUGAAGAAGACGGACUCGUGUGACAGUGGCAUCACCAAAAGUGACCUGCGCCUGGACAAAGUGGGCGACUUCCGCACGACGCCCCAGGACCACAGUCCUGUCCAGCCCCCCGAGACCCGGCACCCCUUUUACCCCAUCCCCGAGCAGACGCUCCAGGCCUCGCUUCAGGAGCUCAAGCUGGAGCUGAAGGACGACCUCAAGAAUCUGAAUGUAAAAAUGUCAAGUCUGGAGGCGCAGCUGGCAGAAGCUCUGCAGCUCCUCAAGUCAAGGAGGUCGAGCGCUGGCUCCCCGCUGUUCGACAUCUCCAGACCCGCUUCGCCAGAACUGGAUAAAGAGGAUAUCUUCUCUUGAAACACGGUGGAACCUCAGGCAUUAGUUAGCGUAGCUGGGAACUCAGCUGGAAUCCAGUAAUAUCUUACUGGGAGGCUGAGGCUGCACUGGGCGCCGCGCGGAGGUUACGCUGCGCCGGCCUCCGUCACACAGCAGGUGUGGGGAGAAGUCCAGAUCUGAGUGUCGUAACACUGAAAACCCGAAGGUUAGUUAAAACUGACAGCUUGAUGUUUGUACAUAUAAUUGAAUUAUUUUUCCAUUUUCACCACAAUGGAAAAAUAUCUCGAGUGUUUUGACAUUGGCUUGAGUCCAGACCUGUUCAGGUCUAAACCCAGGAACAUGGUUGUUCUUCCCUGUUGGAGUCCCAACAAACAGCAUGACCCACUGGUUUGAUAUUGGUUCUUUGCAUGACACAACGUAGACGUGUGCCUCAAAAUGCAGACGGUGCAUUUGUCAUUAACUGAUGUUGCAUGCAGACUCAUUUGCAUUACUUCACACUGACUGUGGAAAAUGACAGUCUUUGCAGAUGUUGAAACAGAUGAACAUCCUUCAGCGACUCAUGAACUCGAUUAUAUUAACUCCCAGCAUCAUUAUGAAUUAUACAACACAUGAAUCUGCCCAAGCAAUCUAUUUUCAAAACCUUCCUUCAGCAGAGCUGAGGAUUUCCAUAAACCACAGAUAGAAAAAUAAUGCAGCGUGAAACAGUAGAGCAGUGAGCAAGUUAUUUGUUUUUCCUGAUUGUUUCCGGCCACAUUGUUUUCACUGAUGUAGAUGUUUUUCAUUUGAAAGCCUUACUGACCUUUAGGAAAUGCCUGCAUUUACAGAACCACGGUUAAAAUGUGUUGGUCUUUAUGCAAAGCAGGGACAUUUUUAAACAAACAGAUGUCACAACUUUACACAGCUUCAAGUCAGGAUGUCUUGAAAGACAGAUUUCAUGUACAGUUAAGGAUUUUGGAUUAUAAGUUAUUUAAUUUAAUAUACUAGGUGUUGUUCUUUUAAAGGGAAUGAACUGCACCUGAAGGUUGCAGAGUAGUCCAGUCGCAAUAAGUAGAUGUUCAGAAACAAGAAUAACAAAAACUAAACAAAUUUAAUCACUCAUCACCACUUGUACAUUUUUUUGUUAAUUAUCAAUGUAAAUUAAUGCACACAUACAAUGAUUGUGUUUUAAUGGAAAGAAGGAGGAAACAAAGGGAUGAACUACGUCUUAGAGCAUGUGUGUGGUGACGCACUGUAAAUCAUUAUUUAUUUACAACAGAGCCCCUGAUACUGUAAGUAAAACAGGAAAAAUAUGCAUCAAACCAAAAGUAAAGCAGAACCACGCGUUCUGGUGUCAGGCAAUAAUUAUGCAUAUGUCUGAAAAUCAAGUAUAAUUUAAUAAAUGACUCCUUUUAAAACGAUCAGUGUUUUUACAGUUUUACAUAUUGUAGAUUUAUUCAGAUCAAGGAAUCAAUGCAGUCAGUCUAUCAUUUAUACGAUCAGCAAAUGUAUUUGUAUUUCGAAAGCAAAUAAUGUUUUAAAGUGUGGCUCAAAACUUAAAUUAAAAGCAGGUCCUUGAUUUUAUCGUUACUGCACAGUGAAAGCGUUCAUGUGGCCAAAAUGACAUUAUUAUGUAUUAUUUAUUAUUAUAUACAUAGAUAAUUUAUGUUCCCCCAUGUCUUCUGUCUUAUGAAGAUAAAAACAAGAUGAGACAGAGCCAGCUGAGAGGAAAAACACAUUUUGUAGCCAUUUCCAUCAAAAAUUCAGAUUACUAAAAAUAAAUGGACGCGCCAUCGCAGAAGUGAGAAGUGUUUGGUUUAAGGCUGAUGUUUAUAGGUCUGCUCUCACAAAGGAUUCUGAUUUUAGAGAGAAGGAAAGCACUAAAAUCAUCACACUGCGACCUCGCCAUCACAGAGGAUUCAUAAAGCUGCUGCUCACGCAAGCAAAGCAUUCAGAAAUCAAAAGGGGGCAAAAAUGGGUCCUGACAGAGGCACAGAGAGCUAAAUGGAAGAUUAUUCAGUUUCUGUGAUUGGGACUGACAGGGCAGAGGUCUGUACACGGAUUCCACGUUCAAUAACGGCAUUCAAAGGUGUUUGGACAGAUAUAGUUACAACUAUGGCUGAUUUCUAGACUUAAAAUGAUCAAAGAGGUUUGAAGACAUUUUUAUUUUUUAGUAGUUUAGAUUUGCAACAUAAAUUAAUUCACUAAUUUCCUUCCCAGCUCCCCAAGAAAAAUACAAAAAUAACUAAACUAUGUGUCACUUCGAGCAAAUCAUCACAGACAUUUAAUUAACAGGUUUUACUGUUGAGCAAUUAAAAUGACAUUUACUGUAUUAGAUGGGUUUAAGGUUCUGGCUGCGCUGCACUGAAUAAAUACAAAACACCUCACACAAUAUGGUGGAGGAAAUGAGGAGAGAUCACAGCAUUUGAACUGUUGCCCUCAUCUGUACAUUAACUAUGGAGCUGACGAACUUAGAAUCAACAAACUGCUACAGGAACGUUUCAGAAUUCCCACCAGCACAUGUAUAGCUACUGAAUCUAAUUAAAACACAUUACAUGUUCACUUUAUGUGUGAAAUCCAGAAUGUAAAAACGAGUUGUAGCACAAGUCUCGAUUCUAGUGGUUGAGUCAAGAUUAAACAAUCCCAUUGAACUUCAGCUCCAUAUGUAAUGUGCGCUUGAUACAAAAUCAUGAUGUCAAAGUAAUUUAAGACAUUGUAUGUUAACAAAGUCUGUCUUAAACUUGAAGUUGCAUGACGUGGUCAGAGGUUUUAAUCUGAAGCACAGACGUUUAAAGGCUAAAUUCAGACCUGUGAGCAGUUGCCCAGUUAAAAGUCCUUCCACUUCAUUACAUCUGCAUAUUUUAUGAUUAUUAAAGACAUAAACUUUGAUUGCUACUGAGAAGCAUGCAGCACUGUGCCUUCGUACUAUAGCCCCAUGCUCCUUGCUGUGAGGGAUGCAGUGUUUAAUAUCUUUCCCAAAUGGUUUGAACACAGAACUAUUUUUGUGGUCAGCUCUAGGAAGCUGCCGAGGUAUUGAACCCCACACACACGAUAUAUGUAUAUGCACAGAUUAUAUUGCAAUGUUUAGAUUCUUGAUCAAGAGGUGGAACUUUGUGUUUAUGUUAUAUGCACAUGCCUCUGUGUUCACACGUAAUGUGAUGAAAAAUGUAACGACUUCAAGCACAAUGGGAACUUUAUGAAUUAUGACAUACUGUACUAUUCAUUAUAAAUAUUUUAUACAUA